GUUUGUUGUGCACGGACAACCAUUCGGGUGCCCUGGAGACGCGGUCCCCACUUCCGAAAUCUUGAAGUAUGGUUGGGAAAGUGAAGCGUGCUCGGCAGAAGCUGCACCAUGUUGCGGUGCGGCCAGCUGUUUCCGAGGAGUUACCUCCAGCUCCAGCCUACCAAGCUCUCAAUGCGGAGGAGCUGCCUGGAUCAUUGGGCUGGAGCAAGCAGGUUGGGGGGAAGGUGAGCUAGAGCUUUAAAGAUGGCAUCCUUCCAGGAGUCACAUACUGAGCUUUCACCCCCCCUUUACAAUAAGAUCUGAGUAAUAAAUAAUUAGGAAUUGCUCCCCUUAAAUCAGGGUUUCCCCAGGGGCAUCCAAUAUUGUGUUUGGAAUAGAGCUCCCCUAUUAUUAUUAUUAUUAAAAAUUAUGGGGGUGGAGUUAGGGGCAUGUCAACACAAAUGAGCACCUACACAUCCGAAAACUUGCCUCAUAAUAUCAGCAUGUGCAUAUUUGUCUCUGUGUGUGUGCAUGUAAAUGUGUCUCAUUUUUGCUAUACCCUGGUAUACCUUAAAAUCAUAUCCUGGUGAUUAUUAUUCAUCCAUGUAUGCGGCUGCUUUUUUAUGAAACAAACACAUUUCUUAAAAUGAAAGACAGAUUAACACAUUAAGUUAUUAAAGGACCACUAUAGUGCCAGGAAAACAUAAUUAUUUUCCUGGCACUAUAGUGCCCUGAGGGGUUAAGCACUCACCUUUCUCCAGCGCUGGGCGAGGAGCUCUCCUCCUCCUCUUCGGCUGAAUGCGCAUGGGCGGCAGGAGCUGCGCGCGCAUUCAGCCUGUCUCAUAGGAAAGCAUUCAUAAUGCUUUCCUAUGUACGCUGGCGUCUUCUCACUGUGAUUUUCACAGUGAGAAGCACGCAAACGCCUCUAGCAGCUGUCAAUGAAACAGCCACUAGAGGCUAGAUUAACCCUAUUAUAAACAUAGCAGUUUCUCUGAAACUAUGUUUAGAAAAAAAAGGGUUAAUCCUAGAGGGACCUGGCACCCAGACCACUUCAUUAAGCUGAAGUGAUCUGGGUGCCUAGAGUGGUCCUUUAAGUUAUGCUAUUCUUGUCAGCCUUUGCUUUUACAACAAUCAAAUCUACGAUAACCUUUGUGGUAAGUGCAGCAGUGUAAUAGAACAGAUUAUGACAAUUAGGAGACUCUGAUUAGUAUGUGUAGCAAUGGUCAGGUAUUCAUUUUUAAGCAUUUGCAAAUGCUAUGUGGUGAAAAGUUAUUGGUUAAAAUUCUAAAAGUAGAGCAGUCACAAUGGGAGAUAUUAAUCUCAGCUGUUUCUAUAGGACUUAGUAGUGAUUGCUCAAAGUUUAUAGGACUGUGCCAUUAAUUCUUUGAGAACAAUACUAAAUUCUCUCUUCUGUGACUUGCAAAACAUUCCAAAACAAUUGGUUCUAGGAUUAUUUAAACAAUUGCAAGAAAUAUAUAUAUUUGCUGUAUGUUUGAUAGAUUCAUUUUCUUUGCCAGGAUUGGAAUUUUCUAUCCUCUGAUAUAUUUGCAACAACCAAGAUUGAUCUUCAGAAUGUGACAAAAACAUUGGAAGUUGACAGACAAAGUGUAGUCUCUGCUAAAAAAGGUAAGAGUGAGGCACUCAUGUCAGUUAAACAAUGCGUAGUGUAGUGUUAUAGGUGAUUGUUUAAUUUGUUAAAAUAGUUUCUAUUUUUUCUUGUCAUAUUGAUUUGUAUAUAUUGCCUGGAAGUGGCUUUUUCAAAUGAACUUUGGUCUGUUUGUCUGUUCCAACUGUGCAUUAUUGGGUUGUGUCCAAUUAAAAAAAACACUCCACACGUACAAAGCACUUCAGCUUGUUGAAGAACUUUUGUUGCCUGGAUCCUGUAAUGUUUGUGACAUUUUCAAAAAAAUUGCAGAUUGCAGUAGAAAUUGGCAUUUUUUUAAAUUGGAGGCAGAAACACCUCCUGGCUGUCAAUCAGAAAAUCAGGGACUUUUUCUUCUGCUUUUUUUUGUUCCACUGAGCUAUCUGAAGAGGCAGGUGUGCUAAGAAAACACACACCUGCCUUCCCCCUAUUGAGUUGUAUUAUUAUUAUUCCUUUAAAGGGAUACUCCAGGCACCCAGACCACUUCUGCCCAUUGGAGUGGUCUGGGUGCCAACUCCCACUACCCUUAACCUUGCAACUGUAAAUAUUGCAGUUUUCAUAAACUGCAAUAUUUACAUUGUAGGGUUAACUCCUCCUCUAGUGGCUGUCUACUAGCCACUACAGCCACUAGAGGGCACUUCCUGGUCUAUAGCACAGGUUUUCUGUGCUAUAGCGUCGCUGGACGUCCUCACGCUAUGUGAGGACCUCCAGCGUCGCUAAAAUCCCCAUAGGAAAGCAUUUGCAUUCGCAAUCGGUCUCUGACGUCGGCGAGGUAGGACCGUGGGCGGCCCCUAAACCACCGCCGAGGGAAAUGGGCAGUGGUCUCGGGUAAGUCACUGAAGGGGUUUUCACCGCUUCAGCAACAUGGAUGGGGGGUGGGAGGGGACCUGCAGUGCCCUGGCACUGGAGUGUCCCUUUAACCCCUUAAGGAUCAAACUUCUGGAAUAAAAGGGAAUCAUGACAUGUCACACAUGUCCUUAAGGGGUUAAAGCAGCACUGUCCCCUCUCCCUCUCACCCCCCAUCCCAUGUUUCUGAAGGGGUAGAAACCCCUUCAGUGACUUACCUGAGACCACUGCCGAUGUCCCUCGGCGGUGGUUUAGGGUCAAUCGGCGGGGGAGACCGAUUGCAAAUGCGUGGCCCCCAGCGGGAGGAGACCUAACGCGAAUGCGCGCAAUGCUUUCCUAUGGGGAUUUUAGCGAUGCUGGAGGUCCUCACAUAGUGUAACAUCGCUGCUGGGGGCCCGGUGACCAAGUAGGUAUGCAAAGGUGAGUCCAGCUUUUCAUGAACCUGUGCCUCGUGGGCACCACAGUCCUUUUCCAGUCAGUUCUCUUUUGCUCCUGGUGCUUUAGCUGCCAGGAGCCAACACCAUACGUGACAUUGAGGUCUAUGGAGAUUCUUGCGAGACUGCUUGAUCCUUCACAGAGCUAAAUUCUCUGCAGUUGUCACUGGUGACAGCUGGGGGUUUGACACUUCUUGAUGGCGGUAGCUCUGCCAGUGUCAAGAAGUGUCAGGUGUAAGAAAAGGGGGGACAGUGCCACUUAAACAAGGAGCUUUAUUUGAUUAUUACAGCUAGACAGCAUUCUGUGGAGGAUUCUCUGCUCUCACCAUGAUAACCACUGCUUCGCAAUACUGUUUACUGUGCAUUUAUAAAAAUAUGAUGUGGAUUAUAUUGUGCGCCCAUUAGCAUGAAAUGACCAUGCUCAGGGAGCAAAAAUUAUAAGCACUGCCCCAGGAAGCACCUCUGGUAGCCACAUGAGGAGUGGCCAGUGGAGGUAUCUUUAGGCUGUAAUGUAAACACUUUUCUUUGAAAAGACAGUGUUUACAGCAAAAAGCCUAAAUGGAAUGAUUAUACUCACCAGAACAAAUACCAUAAGCUGUAGUUGUUCUGGUGACUAUAGUGUCCAUUUAAAGUUAAUCAUCUCAUUGAAGUGGUCUGGGUGCUGUGUCCCAAUAUUAAUCUUUGCAGAUUUAGAGAAUCUACAAUGUUUAUAUUGCAGGGUAAAGACUGCCUCUAGUGGUUGUCUCUCAGACAGCCACUAGAGGCACUUCCUGCAGUUUCACGGAGUAUAACUCUGUGAAACAACACUGGACACCUCACGCUUUGCAUGCAAACGGCCAGCGUCUUUUAAUAACCCCAUAGGAAGGCAUUAUCCUAUUUUUGAUGUUAGUGUUCCUUUAAUGUCUGCUUUAAAAAGCACUCUAGCUGGUAUUUGGUGUAUAAUGUUAAUAUGUGUGAUUGUUGACUAAUGCGCUAAUCUAAGCAAAUUGUUUAUUCUUUAGACGUAAAUAUGUCAGAACCAUGCAUGUUCCAAAUAACUGUAUGGAUGCUACAUUAAUUUCCUUCCUUUUUCAUAGAGUGUAGUUUCAAUUCCAUUUUAUACUUCUGCUUCUCUCUUCCCCACAGUAGCUUUAUGGAGAUCCAAAUAUGUACAUUAUAACACAGUGAUUUUACCUGCUGCUUUAUAUAUCACAUGCCACAGAAGUGAUUAACAUUUUUUUCUUUUAAAUCAUUUUUCUUGAGAGAAACAGAGGAAGAAAUGCAACAUGUCUUUUAAUUUUAGGACUGCACAUUAAUUAAUUUCUAAUCCAAACAGUCAAAGUAUUAAAAAUUGAGUCAUCUUUCAAUUAGAUGGUGAGUUUAUUUUAAAAUAAAACAAGUGAGACACACACCAAAACAGUGUAGGCUCUAGAAAAAUAAGAUAAUAAUCAAACCGGAUUAUUGCAGUAAAAACAAAAUAAUACAUAAUAUGAAACAGUCCUACAAGCAACAAAAAGACUGACACAAACCAGGUCAAUGCAAGACCAAGGAUGUCACAGAUCAAAGGCAAGAUAGUACAAAUUAACCAAAACAACCAAGUGAGAACAAAAUGGGAGGGAAGGAUUUUGUGAACUUCGGUGCUGUUGGUUUUCAAAGUGUUUUUGUAAUCUGCAUGGUGUGAAUUUAUCACUCUUUUUUUUUUUUCUUAUUAAACACAUAUAGUGGAUAUUUACUGAUCAUGUAUUCUCUUUUAGAAAGCUGAUACUUUUUUAAAGUUAUUGUUUCCCAUAUUUACACGUUAUGGUAUAAUUAGACUUGUAUUGUGUUAUCCAAAUUCAAAUAGAUGCUUAUUAAAAUAUUAGGAGUAACAUCCGACAUGCAACACUGAAUCUAUUUACGAUGAUCUAAAUUAUACUGGAUCAUUUAAAACUUAUAUACAUUGAAAGUUAACGCCAUAGCGAAAUGGUUGCUUUAAAAUAUUAUAAUAUAUAUCAUAUACAUGUGCUUCCAUUUCCCACUGGUGCUGCAAACAUAAUAUUGCUUUUACUUACCAAGAUGUAUUUGCAGUGCUUCUCACAAUUAUAACAUAACCCAUUUCUCCCAUUAUGCAUCCCAUAUAU